UAGAACUAUCAGGAAAUGCAUGUUUGACAAGAGUGUCAUGACCAAAACAAGUGAGAUCUCGUGAAUUUUCAUCAAUACCUUUAAUGGCACGAUAGCUUUAAAAUCAUCUGUGACUGUCUGCGUUAAAAUGGAUGACGACAGAGGAGGGAGAGGGAGAAGGAGAGGGAGAGGGAGAGGAGGGCAUGGAAAUCAUGGUGGAGAGGACAAAGAUGUCCGCCUGUCUAAAUCCAUGUCUUAUGCUCUUCGCCAUGGAGCCAACCAGAUGGGUCUUCAAAUGGGUACAGAUGGCUUUCUGUUUGUGGAGGAACUCCUCGCUAACCCACAGUUUCGCUCAUACUCACUGGAAGAUGUACAAAGAGUCGUGGCAACAAACGACAAACAGCGCUUUAAGCUUCGUCCCCACCCAGAGGAUGGUCGCCUGCAGAUCCGAGCAAGCCAGGGCCAUUCAGUACAGGUAGUGGAUUUAGAGCUGAAACCCAUUCUGGCUGGCUCUCCAGACUGCCCUGCUGAGGCAGUGCAUGGCUCCUACCUCCGCAACUGGAACUCCAUCAAGCAGCAGGGCCUGAGCCGCAUGCAGAGGACACACAUCCACCUGGCUCCUGGCCUGCCAGGGGAAGAUGGAGUCAUCAGUGGCAUGAGGAGAGACUGUGAUCUUGCUGUGUAUAUUGAUGUCCCUAAAGCUCUUGCUGAUGGUAUUGAGUUCUUCUGGUCAGAAAAUGGUGUGUUGCUGACUGCAGGCAACACAGAGGGAAAACUUCUCCCAAAAUACUUCAGCCGUGCCGUAAGACUAAAGCCUACAAGGAGCAUCCUACCAUUGUAGUAGCGGAUGAGGAUACUGCUCUGUCUUUGGUCAAAGCAGCUGAUUGUUCCAACAUCCGGUGGUUGGUUGAUGCUUAUACUAGUUCCCAUGGUAACACAGAUUUUUGCUCAGCAUAAGGAGAAUCAACCUGCCUGUUGCUGUUUUUUUUGGCAUUAAUAUUUACAGUAUAGAAUAGUCAACCUCUAUGCUGAUGCUCUCAUUUAUCUUUUGUAGGUCACAUAGAGACAUCUGUAUUCAUUGUAGUCUGUUUCUUAAUCAGCUAAAUACUCCAUAAAGGAGUUUUAACCAAUGUAAUCCUGGCCAAUGUCACUUUUUUUUUCGUGUAUUUAUUUAUUCAUUUAUAUUGUGUUUUUCCCCCUUUGCAUCAUCAUUGCUGUAGAGAUUAACACAAUUAUUUUUCAAAGCUGUUGUUAAAUAUAUCAUCCCACCCUAGUUACACAAAACAGACUGACUGCUGGUAACAAGCCGUCAGGCCGUUCCUCAAUUGAACAUUGAGGAACUUUUAAGGAUAUAUUCAAAGUGGGGUUAAUCAUGUAACUGAAAGCAGAGGAUGCAGACUCUGUGGUUAACUUCACAGGCUGCCUCAACAGUUUCCUUUUGAGAUAUGGACCCACACACCCACACACACACACACGCACAAGCACACGCACACACACACACACACACACACAGCAUAUGACGGGAGAUACACAGCCUCCAGUGUAAGUAACAACAGAUUUGCACCGUAUGUAAGGACCAUAAGGAGGGAUGACAACAGAGAGGGGAAUAAAGGGAAUAGCUGUAUAAUUUCAAUAAAUGGUGUUUAUUCAUGUUAA